CGUCCUUCGGCCUACCUUCCCCUAAGGAGCAGGGACUGUGACUGCCGGUUCCGCCGCCGUGGGAGCCUUCGGAGCCCUCGGUCCGGCGGCAGCGGGGGCGGCGGCGGGGCUCCGGCGCGACUGCAAUGCUGAGUUCCCGGGCCGAGGCGGCCAUGACCACGGCCGACAGGGCCAUUCAGCGCUUCUUGCGGACCGGGGCAGCCGUCAGAUAUAAAGUCAUGAAGAACUGGGGAGUUCUAGGUGGAAUUGCCGCUGCUCUUGCAGCAGGAAUAUAUGUUAUUUGGGGUCCCAUUACAGAAAGAAAGAAGCGUAGAAAAGGGCUUGUGCCUGGCCUUGUCAAUUUAGGGAAUACCUGCUUCAUGAACUCUCUGCUUCAAGGCUUGUCUGCCUGCCCUGCUUUCAUCAAGUGGCUGGAAGAGUUCACCACACAGUACACCAGGGAUCAGAAGGAGCAUCCGCCUCAACAGUAUUUGUCCUUAACACUAUUGCACCUCCUGAAAGCUUUGUCCUGCCAAGAAGUUACGGAUGAUGAGGUCUUGGAUGCAAGCUGUUUGUUGGAUGUCUUAAGACUGUACAGAUGGCAGAUCUCUUCAUUUGAAGAACAGGAUGCUCAUGAAUUAUUCCAUGUCAUUACCUCAUCACUGGAAGAUGAACGAGACCGCCAGCCACGGGUCACACAUUUAUUUGAUGUACACUCCCUGGAGCAGCAGUCAGAAAUAACUCCCAAACAAAUAACCUGCUGCACAAGAGGGUCGCCUCAUCCCACAUCCAAUCACUGGAAGUCUCAACAUCCUUUUCAUGGAAGACUCACUAGUAACAUGGUCUGCAAACACUGUGAACACCAGAGUCCUGUUCGAUUUGAUACUUUUGAUAGCCUUUCACUUAGUAUUCCAGCUGCCACAUGGGGUCAUCCGUUAACCCUGGACCACUGCCUUCACCACUUCAUCUCCUCAGAAUCAGUGCGGGAUGUUGUAUGUGACAACUGUACAAAGAUUGAAGCAAAGGGAACUUUGAAUGGGGAAAAGGUGGAACACCAAAGGACCACUUUUGUUAAACAGUUAAAACUAGGCAAGAUCCCGCAGUGUCUGUGCAUCCACCUGCAGCGGCUGAGCUGGUCCAGCCACGGCACGCCCCUGAAGCGGCAUGAGCACGUGCAGUUUAAUGAAUUCCUGAUAAUGGACAUCUACAAGUACCACCUCCUUGGACACAAACCCAGCCAGCACAACCCUAACCUGAAGGAGAACACAGGGCCUGUCUUUGAACCGCAGGACGGGCCGGCAGUGCCCAAACCAGUUCCACAUCAGCCAGGGGCCCCCAAAACACAAAUUUUUAUGAAUGGCGCCUGCUCCCCAUCUUUAUUGCCAUCUCUGCCUGCCCCAGUGCCCUUCCCUCUCCCAGUUAUUCCUGACUACAGCUCAUCUACAUACCUCUUCCGGCUGAUGGCAGUUGUCGUCCACCAUGGUGACAUGCACUCUGGACACUUUGUCACUUACCGACGGUCCCCGCCUUCAGCCAAGAACCCUCUCUCAACCAGCAACCAGUGGCUAUGGGUCUCUGAUGAUGCUGUCCGCAAGGCCAGCUUGCAGGAGGUCCUCUCCUCUAGCGCCUAUUUGCUGUUCUAUGAGCGAGUCCUUUCCAGGAUGCACCAGAGUCAGGAGUACAAGUCUGAAGAAUGACUGCCCAGCCCCUGAGCCAGAGCCAAUGGCACUGUCCAAACUUCCCAGGAAGAAAGCAAAACCAUGCUGCGUGUAUGUGAGCAAGCAGCCCCAGUAGAGCCCUCCACCUUCCAGUGUGUUCCAAGAGUAGGCUCCACCCAGGAGCCAGUGGCCCCGACUCAUACCAAAUCAGUCUCCCUGAAUAGCUCUGCUGGCAUGCACUGGAAGGGGCUAUCAUGUUAGGAAAGCAUUUGCUAUGUCUAAAGUGUCUUUACUCAGCAGAUACAGGUAAUUACAAGAAACCAGAUUCCAGAAGCCACUCUUUCACAUUGUAAUAUGUCAGGUGUUCUCAGAGGAGAAUUACCUUUGUCUAAUCCUCUGACAUUUCAGCAUAGAGCUUUUACUUAUAGUAAGUCCAUAAAAAUAGUUGACAAAAAUUAGUGAAAUUAUCAAAGGCAACAAUUUAGAAGAAAAA